CCCCGUCGCCUCUCUACCCUCCGGUAAUGGAGGCUCCACCACCACCGUAUCCACCAACCAGCACGAGGUUUCAAGACUACUACAGUGGCUACGGUCAGUCGCAUCCACCCCCGCUGCGUCCAUAUAGAGAUGAAUACUAUGGAGAAGGAGAGUAUGUGGGUUGCUUUCCUUUUCUCAGAACCUG